AUGGAGAACUACUUUAUGCGUCACCUAUUGUACCCUGUACUGCUGCUAUUCCUGUUAUUAUGCUGUGCCGGCACAUCCUUUGCUGCUGUUGUGCAGCACUUACCACAAAGAGGAGAGAGUGCUUUGCAUGCGUACACCGUCGCCGACCUUGAGAAGAGUGGGAGAAACUGGAAGCCCAUACACAUCGAAGUAUCCGCAGAAGGCGUGAAUAAUGUGUUGAGGGACUGUGACAGAAAGCGAGCCUUGGCCGAACAGUUAAAGGGGACGGGUACUCGGAGAUAUGACGACAGUGUGUUCUGUGAUAAUAAGACUGGGAUAACUGAUGAAAAGAAGGACCUCUUACUGAAUAAACUCUUACUCGCCGCGAUCAAGUUGCAUACAGAUCGUCUCAACAUUGAACAGAAAGAGGGUGAAGUUGUGGUCUCUACAAGCACCAUAAACUCAUUUUCGGGAGAAUGCGGGGUCAUAAAGUCAUGGGAACACAAAAAAAGUUUCUCCAAGGCUGAUUUUGUACUUUUUGUUGGUCUUGAUGAAUCUGAAAUGUCAACAAUAGUAUGUUCUCAGGAUUUAGAAGAACGACCAACUUCUGCACUGAUCAAAUUUGUACCGAAAGACAUUCUGGACACGAGACACUUUGUCCGCACGGCAGCGCAUGAGAUUGCACAUGGACUUGGGUUUGAGGUGACCCGUAUGAGGAAACUUAAAUUGAUUAAAAAGGGGGCACUGAGAGGAAAAGGGAAGGUCACGGCCGUGGAUUCUGAAAUAAUUCAGGAGAUGAUGAGAGAACAUUACGACUGUCACUUGGAUAUCACCGGUAUGUACAUGGAGGAUGAGGGUAAUGGUCGCAGAAAGUUGCACUGGGAGCGAAGGAUUGCGAAGGAUGAAUUGAUGAGUCCAUACACGGGAGAACCUUCUGGCAUGUUCUACACUAAUCUGACACUUGCAGCAUUCCAUUCCUUGCCUUUCUACAGCGCGAACUUCAACAUGGCAGAGCCGAUGAGCUGGGGAAAGAAAUCUGGAUGUAAUUUACUUCAUAAGACAUGCGACAGGUACAGGGAUGAAUUAAUGAAGUACACCAACAUGUUCUGCGACGAAAACGGACCGGUCUUGCAGUGCACAUCUGACCGUUUCGCCCUUGGAACGUGUUCCUCCAAGUCACUGCCAGGUACCCUGCCUGGGGAGUACCACUACUUUACAAAGACUGCUGGACAGAAUGAGAUGACGAAUGGCUGCCCCAUCAUCAAACCAUUAAAGGAAACUACAUGCGAGAGUGGUGAUGUUGCACUGAUGCCUGGAAGUAUUGUGAGCAAUAUGUCACGGUGUCUGAAUGUGAACAAACCGCUGGAGUUCAGCGAGGGAGAUCAGAGAAAUGGAGUGACCGCAAAGGGCAUUUGUGCAAAGGUAAAGUGUGAGAAUGGCAAGGUGAGUGUGCAAUACAAGGAAGAUACUACUAAGUGGAUUGAGUGCAGUGGUGAAAACGCCACUAUUGAAAUGAAGGAUUCUAAAUUCAAAGGUGUGAGUAUUGUUUGCCCCAAAUACGAAGAAGUGUGCACAGGGUUGAAUGAAACCGAUCUUCCCACCAUUGAGUAUGACGACAAGAGCGACAAUUCUAACGCAAGUGAAAUUCCAUCACCAAACGUGGAUUCACCAGAGAAAAAUGAUCCAUCAGAAGCCGAGAAGGCACCACAAACCGAAGAGUCACAUCAUCCCAACAAGUCACCGCAAGAAGAGGAUACACAGAAUGCUGAAAUUCCAUCGAAAGAGGGAGGUUCACCAGAGAAAAAUGAUCCAUCAGAAACCGAGAAGGCACCUCAAACCGAGGGUUCGCAUCCUGAAGAAAAACCAUCGCAAGACGAGGUUACACAGAAUGCUGAAAUUCCAUCGAAAGAGGGUGGUUCAUCAAAGCCAGAAUCCCCUGAUAACAACGACACAACUAAUAUUGAAAAUGGACAAGAUGACCACAACACGGGGAAUGACUUAACUGACAGUAAAGUGGAAAAUACCAACAGCCCUACAGGUGUCAUUUCUGGGAAGGACACUGACAACAGCAUCGCUCUCUCGUUCUUUGGACCUCUUAUGCUUCUCGUGUGUGUUGUUGCUGCAGUGGUGGCCCUGUGA